AUGAUGAUCAGAUCAUGGUGCCCAUUAUCCAAGUCUGAGGGUAAUUACAGCAACGCUCUCCAGGCCGUGUCGUCCAAAGGCCAUCAAGAGAUUUUCAAGCUUUUCUUAGACAACGGAACGGAGGUGAAUGCACAGGGCGGCCACUACGGCAACGCUCUCCAGGCUGCGUCGUUCAAAGGCCAUCAAGAGAUUUCCAAGCUUCUCUUAGACAAUAAAGCGGACGUGAAUGCACAGGGCGGCCACUACGGCAACGCUCUCCAGGCCGCCUCGUCGGAAGGUGAUCUCGAGAUUGUCAAGCUUCUCUUAGAGAGAGGAGCGGAUGUGAAUAUGCAGUGCGGCCACUUCGGCACCGCUCUCCAGGCCGCCUUGUUACAAGGCCAUCUCGAGAUUGUCAAGCUUUUCUUAGACAACCGAGCGGACGUGAAUGCACAGGGCGGCGAGUUCGGCAACGCUCUCCAGGCCGCGUCGUUCAAAGGCUACCAAGAGAUUAUUAGACUGUUCUUGGACCACGGAGCGGCUUUCAACCCGUAUAGCGACAAAUUUGUCAAUGCCCUUUGA